AUGAACCGGCCGUCGCUGCCGUACCUAUUCUGUGCUAUCUUCCUCCUGCUGCAAUUGGGUCAGGCUGCUGAACAUGGCCCGGUCGUAGCCCCACUGCACCUAGUGAGCCGCCAGGAGAGUGCCUCCUUGAUUUCCUUCAACGACACAUGGCACGUCUUAGGGCCAUUUCAGAUUGGAACAAGAGAAGCCACGUGGGGUGCCGAUCCACUCGAGUACUACGGCGGCUUCAGAAAUCUCCAAUAUGACCCUGAGGCGACAUUUCGAAGCUCAUUGCCUACUAACGGGACCGCGUCAUGGAACGUGACCCAAGCCGUACGAACUUUGAACGAUGCUACAUCAGCUAACGCUUCCUUGAGCGUGGCUUACUCCAACGUUGAUUGGGACUUCCUCAAGGUCGUAUACGGGUGGGCUGCUGUUCAAUACCAGGCCUGGGCUCGUGGCGAACUCAUCGUCGGCGGUAAUGAGACUCAACAUCUAAUCUUGCAUACGGACGCCAUCCUGGAAUACUGGAUGGAUGACCAGCACUACUUUGGAGGAGACUAUUACAGCUACCGCAACGCACCUCCUGUUCUUCAUCUCAAGCCAGGCUCACACAGAAUCGAUCUUCGCCUAGCUCGCGAUGUCAGGGCUUUUGGAGGCAUUCUGGAGCCUACCAUUGAUGUUGUCGUUGACGUGCAAAAGGCCACAGGGUCUCUGGAACUUGCGAAACCUGGCAUGCUAGUGUCUGAUGUGGUCGACGGAAAGCUUGCUUCGUCGAUUGGAUCGGUAUACUUGAGAAACACUGGGGAAGAGGAUAUCGAGGUCCUGAGUAUUCAGCCCUCAGAUGUGAGCUCGCACGUCUCUUUCGCCGGGUGGACAACGGGCGCUCAGUCAUUGUUACGCGAAGAUACUGAUACUGCUGACCAGGACGACUCUGACACAUACGAAGACUCCCGCAUGCCCAUCACUAUUGUUUCAGGUCAAACGAGGCCCCUCGUCUUUAAAGCAUCUCUCUCUACCAACAACGCCUCGUCCUUGGAUUACGACAUCACGUACCAGUCCGUUGGUGGAACACGCCAAAACACCCUACAUGUGUCUCAAAAGCUGAAUCAUAUCGAUCUCUACAGGCCUCACAAGGUCACAUAUCUCCAUCCGGGCGGCAUAGCUUCCUAUGCUAUGCUUCGGCCUCCGGCGAAGAACGCAACAUGCCCAUUGGGACAAUCGAAGCUGCCUUUGUUGCUGCAACUGCACGGAGCUGGUCUUGAAGCGGAAAAUGCCCAGGUUACUGGAGCUCUGGAUCCCGUCUCUGAUCUCUGUGCAUGGGUCCUGUUCCCAACAGGUGUCACGCCGUGGUCCGGCGAUGACUGGCAUAAUUGGGGCUUCGCCGACGUUGAAGCCGCAAUAGCUGCGAUUCCAACCUGGAUCGCGGACAACCACUGGACCGGGUACGGUAUCGACACAGACCGCUGGAUAGUCUCGGGGCACUCCAACGGUGGGCAGGGUACUUGGUAUGCCCUGACUCACCGACCAGAUAAAGUACUCGCUGCAGCACCAGUUUCGGGCUACGCCAGUAUUCAAGUGUACGUGCCAUACCAUCUGUGGCAGCCUGCAGACCCAGGACGUACAGCGGUCAUCAGUGCCUCACUAAACAAUUAUCGACAUGAAAUGCUCAUGCCUAACGCGCAUGGAAUUCCUGUUCAACAGCAGCACGGUGAGAUUGACGACAACGUUCCGGCUUACAACGGCCGCCUACUUGCGGAGCAGCUGUCUCGUACAGGAGUCAGUUCGGGGGUCACAGGAGCCAAAGCUAGUUACAACGAAGUAGCAGGGGCAAACCACUGGUUUGACGGGGUCAUGACAACACCAGCAUUGGUAGACUUCUACUACACCCAAGCUAUGAACACAGAUGUUUUACCCCGGAAAAUGGAGCAUUUUCUUAUCAUGGUCGGCGACCCUGGAGACAUGGGGAGUAAGAACGGUAUUCAGGUCAAAAAGCUAGAAGACCCAGGACGCUAUGGCAAGGUCGGUGUUCGGGGACACAUCAUCAAGACCUCCAAUGUAAAAGAGCUUGAGUUCAAUACUGCCAUUUGGGAUGGGUCUGUGACUCUCGAUGGGCACGAAUUGAGCCUGGCAGAGGCAGCAGCGACCACGGACUCUUUUAUCCGUGUUCACAAGACGGACGAAGGCUGGAACAUCGGCUCACGUACUGCAGAUUCUGCGCAGCCUGAAAGGAGUGGCCGACAACUGGGCUCCAUGACUGCUAUUCUUCGCACCCGUGGGCCGUUCACUAUCAGGCACCCAGGCUCUAGCAAUUCGUCGUACAUUGCACUGCAGACUUCACGCAAUCUACACCAGUACUUCCAAGCAGACGCCAACAUCGUCUCUUCCACAGCAGACUCUGCAAUUUCCAAAUACACCAACAACGUUAUCACUCUGGCUGUUGGCGCCAGUCUCAAAGAAAGUGAAAGCAACUUCCCGAUUCAAUUUGGCGACUUUGGAAUUACCAUCCGCGACUACCGGGGGCAAGACCAAACAUACAAGGAGGAAGCUAGAGGUGCGGCGUUCUUGCGACCACUACCAGACGAGCGUCUCGAGCUCGUAUUGUGGGGUGCUGAUGACGAGGGGUUGCGACAGGCAUCCCGUAUCGUUCCUCUGCUGGCAGGCGUCGGUCAACCCGAUUUCGUUGUCUUUGGUGAGAGCGCAAAAUGGAAGGGUAUUGAGGGUGUCUUAGCGAUGGGUUUCUUUGACUCUGAAUGGGAGGUCACUCCCAGCAGUGUCAUAGAAAGUGGUCAUCUACCCACUCUUCCAAGCUCCGCUACUAUGAGCUUCAACAUAACUUCCGACGGGUCUCCCACACCCCGCAAGGGCCCCAACCGAUUCUCCAAGGCCGGCGAUCUCAGGAUUGACACCUCGCCAGAGGUCCUGGGUCAGGCGGUAGGCAGCAUGAGCCUGCACCAAUACCCAUAUGCUUUCCAACGUGCGUUUGGCUCAUCGUUGACUUGCAAUACACAGGGCAUGAAGCGACCACUCGGUUCUUCUACCCUGGGCAAUCAAGCGCCUAUGCUGCUGCAGCACGACUCAUUCGACGGCUAUAAGAAGCCCAAGAUGGGAGCUCACGAGGAGUCAGCCGUCAUGGACUCGCUCUUGCAGCGCCUGAAUGGACGCUCCCCUCCGCACGACCCGUAUAGCUCCUCCAACGGAUCGAUCCCCAUCACACCGGCCACCGACGACUUCGCAUCUACCCCAUCGACGGAGUUGGACGGCUCGAUCAUCCUCGUCGAGGCUUGCGAGCUACAAAAGCUUAAGCUAGAACUACAAGAGGCCCGCAACGAAGUCAACCGCGUCAACCAGGAAAUGCAUAGCCAUCAUGUGGCCCGGUCGACCAUGGAGCACCUGAGCCAAUCGUCAGAGGCUGAUUAUAGCUACCCGGGUGAUGUCACUGAGCAGACUCUCACCAGCUUGCAGAACAAAUUCAAUGCUUCCACUCGGAGCAACUACGGUUGGGGCAAUGAGCCUGCUCGCCCAGCCUAUACCAGCAACAACAGCUUCGGCAACUCAUACCAGCCCCAGGUGCAACCUCAGCCCCAGCCUCAGGCCCGUCCACAACCCGCUCAGUCAGGCUAUCGUCGCAAUGGCUUCUUGAACGAGCCCACUCAUUUCCCUCUCGACCAGAGCUUCCGCAGCAGCGGGAUGUCCAACGGCUUCAAUGCCGGUAUGGGUAAUGGCAUGCCUAACCCCAUGAACAACAACUUCAACGGUAUGAACAUGGGCAUGGGAAAUGGACUGAGUAAUCCACCUAGCCGCCCUAGUUCGGCCUUCGAUCCGAGUUACAAUCAGUACGCUAUGCCGCCCAUGUAUCCGAUAGGCCACCCGGCUCCGAUUGGUACAAUGGCCAGCAGAUUGUCGCCAGAUGCGAACGAGUUCAACGUGGCCAAUGGCAUGGGACCGUCUCCAUGGAACUCUCAGGCUCCGAGUGAGGCGGGUACUUCACAGUACGUGCCCCCUGUUGAACCCAUGAACUAUCGUCGCCUGUUGGACCGAAACAUGAGCUGCAACUGGAAGUACAUCGUCGAUAAGAUCAUCUGCAACAACGACCAGCAGGCUUCCAUCUUCCUUCAGCAGAAGCUCAAAGUAGGCACACCGGAACAGAAGUAUGAGAUUGUGGAGGCAAUCAUCUCCCAAGCUUAUGCAUUGAUGGUCAACCGCUUCGGCAACUUUCUUGUACAGCGUUGCUUUGAGCAUGGUACGCACGAUCAAGUCAUCGCGAUCGCCCAAGCCAUUCGCGGCAAUACUCUCGCCUUGAGCAUGGAUGCAUUUGGCUGCCAUGUCAUCCAGAAGGCCUUCGACUGCGUCCCGGAAGAGUAUAAAGCAACUAUGGUGCACGAACUGCUUCGUCGCAUCCCAGAGACUGUCAUUCACCGUUACGCUUGCCACGUCUGGCAGAAGCUCUUUGAGCUCCGUUGGAGCGACUCUCCUCCCCAGAUCAUGCGCUACGUCAACGAAGCUUUACGAGGCAUGUGGCACGAAGUUGCUUUGGGCGAGACGGGCAGCCUGGUCGUACAGAACAUCUUCGAGAACUGCCUUGAGGAAGACAAGCGUCCCUGCAUCAACGAGGUGCUCGCCAGUAUCGAUGUCAUCGCCCACGGUCAAUUCGGCAACUGGUGCAUCCAGCAUAUUUGCGAGCAUGGUGCGCCCGCUGAUCGUAGCCGAGCUAUCGAUCACAUCCUUCGCUUCAGUACUGAGUACAGCAUGGACCAGUAUGCUUCCAAGGUCAUCGAGAAGUGCCUGAAGAUUGGUGGCAACGAGUUCCUGGACCGGUACCUGGACCGCGUAUGCGAAGCUCGCCCCGACCGUCCACGCAUGCCUCUUAUUGAUAUUGCUGGUGAUCAGUUCGGCAACUAUCUUAUCCAGUAUGUCUUAACCAACAGUGGUACCCAGCAUCGCGAGCUCGUUGGCGGCCACAUCCGUAAGCACAUGGUCUCUCUCCGCGGUUCCAAGUACGGCUCUCGCGUCGCCAUGCUCUGCUGCAACCCUGCCCUUGCGACACGCCCAGGACCUCCGGCGGGCAUGCUUCCCCGCUAUGGCAACCCCGCACCGCGCCCCAGUUUUGGCGCAUUCCGUUAA